CCUCACUUUUCAAAAUCGGACACUCCCAACUUCCAAAAUUUCUAUCAAACAGAUUUACACAGUUAAUCCCUCAAUUAGCUUCGCAACAAACAUUAAUGGCGGAUCAAUACAACCACCACGAGAUCAACAAGAGCGAUGACCCGUCUACCGAUCGCGGGCUGUUCGAUUUCGUGGGGAAGAAAGAGGAGGAGGCGGUCGCCGGCGAAUUUGAUGAGAAAGUUAAGGUUUCAGAGGAAGAUUCAAAGAAGCAUCAAACCCUGGGAGAGAAGCUUCAGCGAUCAAACAGCUCCUCCAGUAGCUCUUCUGAAGAGGAAGAGAUAGGAGAAGAUGGAGAAAAGAAGAAGAAAAGGAAGGAUAAAAAGAAGUGUGAUGGCAACAAACCAACUCAAGAGGGUGAAGAGAAGAAAGGGUUGCUAGAUAAGAUCAAGGAGAAGCUUCCCGGCGGCAAGAAGGCGGAGGAGGUGGCUACACCGCCGCCGACUCCGGCGGCAGCAGCCGAGUGCGCUGCCACUCCGGUGGCUGAGGAGAAGGAGAAGAAAGGGUUCUUGGAUAAGAUCAAGGACAAAAUCCCUGGCUACUCAAAGACUGAUGAAGAGAAGGAGAAGGAAGCUGUUUGCAAUUAAAUAAUUAAGAAAAUAAAUAUUAGUGUUUUGAAUCGUGAUUGUGAUUAUUAUUGUGGUGUUGUUUGGUUUGUUAAUAGUUGUUAUGAAAACUACGUGUUUAUUUAAA